GAUGUCAAUACGUCAUCACGUAAAGUGUUGCUCAAGCAUGUUACGUCAGGGGAAGAAGGAACAGUGAAAGAACAAAAUGGAGGAAUAUGCCAGGGAACCAUGCCCAUGGAGGAUAGUGGAUGACUGUGGGGGUGCUUUCACCAUGGGAGCCAUCGGUGGAGGUAUCUUCCAGGCAGUAAAGGGCUUCAGAAAUUCACCGGCAGGGAUGAACCACAGAUUGAAAGGUAGCAUGACGGCCAUCAAAACCAGAGCCCCACAGUUAGGAGGCAGCUUUGCAGUAUGGGGUGGGCUGUUCUCCAUGAUCGACUGUGGCCUGGUGAAGGUGAGAGGGAAGGAGGACCCCUGGAACUCCAUUACCAGUGGGGCCAUGACUGGAGCUAUCCUGGCAGCCAGGAAUGGCCCAGUGGCCAUGGUGGGCUCUGCAGCGAUGGGAGGCAUACUGCUGGCUUUGAUAGAAGGUGCCGGCAUCUUGCUCACAAGAUUCGCUUCAUCGCAGUUUCCUACUGGGCCCCAGUUUGCUGAGGAACCCGCCCCCAUGCCAGCCCCAUCCUUCGGAGACUACCGGCAGUACCAGUGAGAGGACUCUCUCGUCCACUAGGCCUUUUGAAUUCCUUGCAGACGUUACACUGGGGAAAGGGACAAGAGAACUACACAACAAGCAGCUGCAGUUGCUCCUAACGUCAUGGACUGCACUAGAGGACAGAGUAACUUUGUUUCCCCCACGCCAGAACCAUGUGCUGAGUUGCCUUUUGGCCCUCAACCUGUCAGUUACAUCUAGUUGACCCCUAAUUGGUUAGAAAGAGAUCAGAUCACAAUAUUGUAAUUUGUUGGCUUGUGGAGUUGUGUAUGUAUGUGUGGAGUGUCUAUGAUCAUACAUGCACACUCUGCACGUUGAACUGCAGGAUAGACAAUUAAGUUGAGGCAAAAGUUGAUUCAAGCACCCAACACCCAUCUGAUGUAUCAUUUGUCUUUGUGUAUAUACAGUAAAAGGCUUUUCGCAUGUAUACAAUAUGUAUUGCUUAUUUGCCUUAAUAUUUACGGUAAAACCUGCUUGUGCUGGCCAUUUUGUAAAUUACAGUAAAACUGGCUGGCAUUUUUAUGAUCCAUUUUAUUUAAUGGUUUCAAAGGAGAAAGAAAAUAUUAAAUACUGUCCCUACAAUUAGUUUUAUGUGGUUUAUUUAUUUGUUAUUGUUGGCUGGAUGGACUGGAUGUGUUUGAUGAAGAAGAAAACAGCUAUUCAAAUUAAGUGGAAAGUAGCGAUCUUUCGCUCAAACCUCAACAGUUGUCAUGCAAGGGAUUGAUAUACAUUAUCAUUUGUAUAACAGAUUGAAUUAUAUAAGAAUAAAACAAUGUUCCAUGUUUA